AUGUUUUAAGUUUUAAGAAGUGUGUUUGAAGGAAGAAAUCAAUUUGAAAAUUAUUGGUGUCAUCUUUGUAAAAUGGAGAUAAUUUAGAGAACUUAUCAAUAAGAAGAAUAUUAAUAAGAGUAUUGCAUAUUAUGCGAUAGUCCAUUAGAAUAAAUGGCAUAAGGUAUUAAUGAUACAGAAUUACGAUCUUUUGAGAUAUAUGUAUCUCCAGAAGUUUAAUAAUCAAGGUCUAUAUCUAGUUGGACAUAGAAUCUUAAUGAAAUUUCAGAUUUUCUAAAUAUUCUAGCACAUUUUACUGAGAAUUUAAUUUUCUUAGAAGAACAAUAAUAAGGAGCUACAGAAUCAUAAAUAAAUAGUUUAAGGGAACAUGUAGCAAACAUAGAAGAUUAAUAAUAAACUUGUUAUAUAUGUUAAGAAGACUUUAAGUAAGAUGAGACUGAAUUAGAAAUGAGUUGUUCUCAUAAUUUUCAUAAAGAUUGUUUAACAUAAUGGUUAAAGAUAAACAAUUCUUGUCCAGUAUGUAGAACAAAAAUAAAUUGA